GCCGCGCGUCCGGUGGCGGGGGGUGCAGGGGCCGCCGCCGCGCUCCGGGCCUGCAACGCGCUCCGCCCGCCCAGCAAAAUGUCUGGAACUGAUGAUUUUUCGUUGGCAGAUGCUUUACCAGAUCAGUCUCCUGCUAAAACCUCCAAAGUGAGCAGCACGAAACCUGGUCAGCAGCCUGGGCAGCCUCCACAGGGUUGGCCAGCUUCAAAUCCUUGGAACAACCCAAGUGCUCCCCCCACGGCCCCAGCCGGCCUGCCACCAAACACGUCCGCUUCCAGCGUGCCAUUUGGACCUCCACCAACAGGAAUGUAUCCUUCAAUGCCCCCUGGACCGCCUGCUCCAUUUCCUCCUCCUCCUACUGGACCCUCUUGCCCUCCUCCUGGUGGUCCAUAUCCACCCCCAACUGUGCCAGGUCCUGUCCCACCAGGGCAGUAUCCGCCACCAAAUAUGCCCUUUCCAGAGCUUCCAAGACCUUAUGGUGGUCCAACAGAGCCAGCUGCACCUCCUGCUCCUGUUGGGCCAUGGGGAUCCAUGCCCUCUGGAGCAUGGGGACCAACGAUGGGAGGGCAGUAUCCUGCACCUAGCAUGCCAUAUCCACCCCCAGGGCCAUAUUCUGCUCCUACCCAGACUCCAGGGGCUGCACCAACAGUACCAUGGGGUACAGUUCCACCUGGAACAUGGGGACCUUCACCGCCAGGUCCAUUUCCUCCACCCACAGGAUCAUAUCCAGCUCCAGGACUAUAUCCUACACCCCCUAAUCCUUUUCAAGUGCCAUCUGGUCCUGCUGGUGCUCCAUCAAUGCCUGGUGGUCCCCAUCCUUAUCGUUGAAUACAUUCUGGGCAACAAAAUACUGUAGCUUUCCACCUUCAUCCACUACUUACAGAGAUUUUUACAGUUUUUGUUUCAGUAAUGUUUGGGGCUGUGAAGAAUACUUGCCUCUUGUAUGUGCAUUUGAGGUAUGAAGGAGCAGUUUGCAUAAAUUGACCUUGCUCGUGUGCUGGCCUGAUUGUUUGGUUUAAUAAACUGAGUUGGGAAGAGCAGAACUACAACUAACAUCUGUGGUUCUUAUGUUGGCAAGUAUUCCUUGGAAAAAUGGGAGCUGCCAAGUCAGGAUUCUAAAGAACCAGGCUCCAGGACUUGAAAAUAAAAAUGAAUUCUUAAAUUUCCAUGAAUGCUUUAAGUCUGGUUGCCAGACUUGUUGCUGGUCACCGAAUGGAUAGGUAGUCACCUUUUGUCUGUUUUCAGGUUGUUUUAAAAUGUCAAUUAAAAAAAGAUGUUUGUCAAGAAACCUGAUUUUUGAACCUGCUACAGUAAUUGAAACUAAAGAGACAGAGCAUGUGAACUUGAGGGGUUUUCUCAGUGUUUUGUAUAUACUCAAACCAGUUGCUCAGUCUGGGACUACGAAGAGAAGAUCCACGCUCAGUCUGACUGGUCUGCACACUGUUGGUGUUCACAAGCAGGCAUUUCUGUGCAACUUAAGUAACCUGGAUGUGCAGUUAACUUUGAAUCAACAAAUGUGAGUGUUGUGCAUGCAAUGGAGAACGUCAUUUUGCCAGUUCUCAUUCUGUGGUGGUUGGAAGUUUGGCUUGGUCUGUGUAAAGAGAAACCGCUUCCCACUUAGGUACUUCCUUAUUUCUAACCUGGGUUCUAGUCAUGUAAAAUUCAACUUUGCUGCUGGGUUGUAGAGACUUAGCAGGCUUGGUCAGAGUCCCUGGAAACUGAACUUGAGCUUAAAAGAUCAAAAAAACCCAACCUGAACAUUUCCCUUCCUGGCAGUUUGUGGCACAGAGUUUGGUUCUGCCUUGGUGCCACAAGGAGGUCUCACGGGGCCACACUGGGUGUUUUGAUGGGGAGAAGUCCUCUGUUCUCAGCUGGGUGUCUGCAUACCUCACUGAGUAAGUGUCAUUAGGGAGCAAUUGAAUGUCUAGAAGCCUGUGCACUGCUGUGCAGCUGCCCCUUGUCUGAAGGGGCGCUGCUUCAGUUCUCAUAGUCUUGCCAUAUCCGUGCCAAGAGCACACGAGGGGUUUGCUGAACUGCUGCUCUGGCAUUGCCAAGACAUGCAGCCACGUGUCAGUGAGGGGUUCUGGCACUCUCUGUGGUACUUCAUUGCCUAGGUGUUGAGCAAGGACAGUCUAUGUCAUCCCCAGCUGGGGACAUCCUUACUUAGCCUUUCUAGGUAGAAUUAGGAACAACAAAUUUUCCUCAUUAGGGAGUCUUUGUAUCAUGGAACUGUGAAAGUGAGUUAAUUCUCUUCCAGUACCUUGUCGUAGCUUCCUGCAUGCACGUGAUGAACUUCUUCAACACAAGUGGGGUGACCUGGUGGUGAUGCUGGUUAGUAGUUUUAGCCUUUAUGGCAAAGUCCUGCAGCAUUUUCUGCAGAAGGAAGCAGUCAGCUUAGCUGUGGCUGCUUCAGCCCAGUGUCCUGAAAGCUCAUAGCCAAGGUACGUGUGGUUUUUGUUUCAGGAAGACAGCACUGGAGUUGAACAAAAACACUUAAAAUGUUUCAGCUUCAAACCUAACACCUGUAACCCUAGAAAUGGAAACCCAAAGUGCAAGUCUUCACUAACCUUAAAACAAGUCUCAGUUGCCCCCCUGCAAACAACUUGGAUCUUGGCAAGACUGAUUCAAAAUAAACAGUGACUACAUUUGCUCAAGUGCUUUUUUUGAUACCUGCAGCCUUAGAUGAUGAAUCAAUGUCAUGAAAAAAUAACAUUUAUUCCAAACAAAUGGAUCAUGCAGUAGCAACACUCCAGUUUGAAAUUGCACUGGCUGUGUUCUUUGCAGGGAAUGGGAAGAAGUAGGAAAGGAUAAAGCAAACGUAGCAAGUAAUGAUUUUUGGAAAGGGCAUUUGUAAAAGUAACUAGACUUCUAGGUUCUUCCUGAAAUAGGCAGGAUUUAUUACUGGAACAUUUAGGCUACAAUUCAGUAUAUAUGGGAUGUUUUUCAAUGUAUAUUCGUAUUUCUUGAGGUCCUGAGAACUGUUUCAUAACCCCUUUGUUUUUGUGAGCAAAAGUUCUUUGCAUAGCAGUGAAAAGGGUAUUUACCUGUUAAUCUAUUGUGUAAAAACUCCAGUUGUCACUAUAUACCGUGUAGUAACUUUAUCACAUGUUCUGUCAAGUGUGAGCAACUUCUGGCCUGAAGCUUUUUUGCAAUGGAAUUUGUACAUUUCUCUGCAUCAUUUGAGUUAAAACUGCUGAGAAGUUCAUUUUGACUUGUGCUUCGAGAUUGCCACCCUGCAUUUGUUUACAAGAUGGAAUCUAAGCAAUCACAUCUUCAAAGUAUAGAUUAUCACCUGCUGCUGUAUUUUCUUUAGAUGAAACAAAUAUUGCUGUAUGAUAGUGAGGAGCUAUAAAUACAGGAUUUGAUAUUUUUUUGAAAAUGCUGUCACUUUUGUAUAAGAUUAGACAUUAAACGUAUUUUCAAGACUGUCGUGUUCACUGCUUCUCAAUGGCUGCUUUUGACAUGCUUGUGUAGACUUUUUGCCUUGAAUGAACAGUAAAAACAGGACAUCCUUGGUUUGCAAAGCCUGAAUAUAAAAUCAGAAUGACUUGA